ACAUUCAACUUCCAUUUCCUCAUCUCGGAACAAAUACACUCUCAUUCUCACGCUGACAUACAAGGUCUUAAAACAAGUAAACCCAAACAAUCAAUACACUCUGGUGAACGUGAAGAUGGCCAAGCGUGGAGCAGCAACAGAACUAAACCAGGACAACUGGGCGGAGGAGGAGGAGCCGGAAGAGUUUGGGACAUUCAGACAAGCCUCUUCAGAUCAGCUGGCCACACGACAGAUCAAGAAGGCCCGGAGACGAGGGAUGGUUGGUGAGGCACCCUCGGGUCCUAGCAUCUUUAAAGGUCUUGGUGGAUUUUCAGCCUUUGGCGGAAGCACAAAUUCUUCAAGUCAGCCUUCCUUUAGUUUUCUGGAUUCCAAUUCUACAAGUGAUUCCUCAAAGAAGCCAUCCUUUGACUUCCUUAGCAAAGCUAGUUCCGAUAGUGUUAAAACUGUUAGUGAUACAAAUGAAAAGAAAAAUACACAGCCUUUCAAACUUUCACAGGACUCGGGAUUAAUGGUUAAUAAAAGUGUAGACACACCCAAAACAAAUGGUGUAUCAUCGUCAUCUAAAACUUCCUCAAGCAAGUUGUUCCUAGCUAAUCUUAAAGCACUAAAUGAAGGUGUACUUCAGUGGGUUAAACAGCACCUUGAUAAGAAUCCUCAUGUAAAUUUGGCACCAGUCUUUGAUGAUUACAAGAAACAUUUUGAAGAACUGAAAAAGAAAUAUCCACCUGAAACUGAAAGUGAGAAUGAAAGUGAUGCUGGAGUCGUAGGAAAUAAUGCUGAGAAGAGUAGAGCUAGUGAAAAAGAAAAUAAACCAAUUUUUGGACAGGAUAACUCAACAAAAUCACUUAGCUUUGGUAGCUCAUCAGCAGCAGCAUCAACAAAAGAUAAGGCACCUGAGGCAAGUAAACCAGCUUUUAACUUUGGGAGUGUUGUCAGUACAUCACCAGAAAAGAGUACAGAGUCUAGUAAGCCCCUCUUUAGCUUUGGAACAACUACCACAACAACAGAAAAAACAGUAGAAUCAAGCAAGAAGCUCUUCAGUUUUAGUUCAACAGAAAAAACCUCUGAAACAAGUAAAUCUCUCUUUAGCUUUGGGAAUUCAGCUGCCAGCACAAAGGAGACAAAUGAUGAGGGAGAGAAAAAACCAGCCUUUUCCUUUGGAGUCUUCGAUUCAGGCAAGAAAUCGCCUUUAAAAAGUGGUGGCUUCAGCUUUGCUGGUGCGACUCCAGCAGCAACAUCUGAAACCCCUGCUGAUGCUGGAAAGAAAGAUGAGAAUGAGCCUACUGAUGAGCCACCCAAAGUAGAGGUUAAUGAGGUCAAAGAAGAUGAUGCCCUCUAUGAGAAGAAAUGCAAAUUAUUUUAUAUGAAUGAUGGAUCCUUUGUGGAAAAGGGAGUUGGCACAUUGUUCCUGAAACCAGCAGGAGAGAAAACCCAGCUUUUGGUGAGAGCAUUCACUAAUUUGGGCAACAUUCUGCUAAAUAUUAUCCUUAACAAAUCAAUCCCCACCAUUCGAGCUGGAAAGAAUGGGGUGAUCAUCGCUUGUAUACCCAACCCUCCCCUAGAUGGAAAAUCAGACUCUAAGGAACCAGUCAAAAUGCUGAUACGGGUUAAAACCUCAGACGAUGCUGAUGAGCUUCUUGAAAAGAUCAAUGAACUCAAGAAGUAAGAACUAUGUGUCCUAAAUUAGCAUUUUGGUAUCUGCCAAAUUGAGAUUUGAUAUGAGUUGUAAAUGGUUCCUGUUGUGAGAUGGUAUUGUGACCCCACUUGCAUGUGGGAUACUUCAUCUUGUGUUGGAACUCCCUCUAAUUUUAAUUUGUGCCAUGGCCAGGGAAUUGGUUCAAGCUGGUUUGGCAAAUAUAUAUAUGUGUAAUGUAUCCAUAUGAUUUUUUAUAUUUUUUAUUUUAUUACUUUUUUCCUUUAUAUUUUUUCUUUUUUCUUUUUCUUUUGUCAUGACAAAUGACAACUGGCACUAUUAUAUCUUAUAAUGCCAGUAGACAUGAGGUGACAUAUUCAAUAAAAUAUGCUGUUGUGAAAGUGUAAUUGUGGGUGUAUUAUUAUUAUUAUUUUUUUUUUUAUGAAUGUUUCUGAUAACAGCAUGUUGAUUUUUUUUUUUUCAUGAAUUAAAAGGCUAAUUGAUUGAUAUUAUUGUAAUUAACAUAGUACAAUGUGCAUUAUUACUGUUGUUACUGUCAUUAUUAUUAUCAUUUUUAUUUUUUAUUAUUGUUUUCUAUUUCUGAUAUCCCUUUGCAUUUUCCUCAGAGCUUUUCCCUAAGAAAAUUCAUCACAACAAAAUGUCAAAGAUUUCAUCCACAUAUAGUGGAAAAUCCUUGAUAUAUGAAUAGAAUAAUUUUGUUAAUGAAAAAAUGGGAUACUUUUAGGCUGGAUUAUAAAUUUUGUGUUUCUGUCCAGCUAUAUGUAUACUGCAAUUCCAAAAAUAUUGUGAAAGAUUUUUCGAUGCUUUUAAGUAUUUUUAAAAUUAAAGGAAACGUUUACAGUACUUUAUAUGGAAUGUGUUAUUUUGUUUACCUUUUCUUUUCUCUUGCUUCAUCUUCCACAAAGUUGAUUGCACUUAAAUUGGAAGUUAAUGAAACUCAAUUACAUUGAAGUUCUGGAAUAGGGAAAAUAUAUCUAAUAUACCAGGGUAUUCACAUACAGGAAAUCUUGCUCAAGAAGGGCAUGUUUACAAGUUCUUUAUGCUUUAUUAUUUUUUGGUACAAUUAUUUUUAUUAUAAUGCUCUGGCAUAGUAAUACUGAUCUUAUCAAUAAAGUUUAUGGCUGAUUUAUAA